GUCCAUGUUUCACUUUCAUCAUGGUUGUCGGCGCUUUUCCGUUGUUUAAAUUAGUGAGUUUAGCUGUUAAACAGAUCUCCAAACCUGUAGCCAACAGUUUAAAGUCGGCAGCCAAGCAAAAUGAGUUCUUCAGGAGAUAUGUUUGUGUAUGGCCCGGGCAGGGUAAGUUGCGAUCGUCCAUCGGUAGUUGUACGAUGAUGCAAGCUUUCAUAAUUAUGUACACAUGUGUAACUUAGAUUUUACUGUGUAAAGUAAUGUAAGACUUAUUGGAUUUUUAAGUUAUUUUGGAUUUAUUGCAGAGUAUUCUUUUUUCAUUUGAAAUAAGAAUUCUUCAGUCUUUUUUUCCAUGGCUUUGGUCCAGAAUGGAGGGGAGGAUAAUAUCCCAGUUGUUGGUGGGGGGUGGGUGGACAGGGGGAGUAAUCCAUUAAGUAUCCUCCCUGUUGGGUAGUGAGUUUGAGUCUGUAUCCAAAACAGGGUAAGUUAGUAUUUGUGAGGUUUUCUGAUACUGGCUUUCAGGAAAAUCUAUCCUCUUUGCCCUACUAUCAAUACAUGUAUACUGCAUGUGACUUGCUAAAAGCAUAAGUAUAUGGGAGGAGGGGAUGGCUGUGAGGGAAGGGGAGGGUUAAGUCCAUUAUCAGGACUAAUUCGUGCAUUUGUUAAUUCAGUUGGUCAGGGAAAUUGUACAUUUGCCAGGGAAACAAAUCAGCCUGGGAAAAGUCAGGGAAAUACAGAAACCUCUGGCUGUGACAACCAUGUAACAACCUACAACCUACAUGUAUACUUGUCUAUCCCACCUCUCCUUAGAUCACUGUUGACAGUAGGGUUGUUCUACAUCAGUUAAUAUUCCACUGAAACUUAGAAAUGACCCACAUUGCUCAAACAUCCUCAAAGAGGUACAUAUCAAUGGUAGACAACCUUUUAACCCUGUAAGCUUGAAUAUUGACAUACAAAUUCUCCAGACCCAUCACAAUACAUUUUUUUAAAGAAUUAGCUGAGAUAAUUUGAUAAAAGGUCAAAGCAUUUUUCUCCUAAGUGAUCACACCACAACCAAAAACUCUCAAAGAAGCCCGAGAAAAUUAUUUCCACCUGAUCUCUCAUUCUGUUGUUGACAGUGCUGUCAACUCUCCCAGAUGACUCCAGAUUUUGGACUCCAGGUUAGAGUCUGGUAUCUCCUGGAUAAUCACCAAAGAUGCUAUUUCUUGUAGACUCGACUUUCCAACCGUAAAAUUUCAAAUAUUUUGCUUUGUUUGAGCUACUGUUUACAUGGAAUGUUUCCUCAAAAAUUCUGGUAUGCCACUGUAAUUUCAAGGAAUGUGACUGAAUAUGAACUGUUUAUGUGCUAUAUAUGUAGAUCGGAAUCAGCGAGCAUUUUUGGCCCAAAUGAUGUCAUUUUUUGUGCGGUAUGACGUCAUCUUAUCUGUCAUUCCUUUCCUAUCAAAUAUUCUCAAUAUUUGAUGAUGGGGGGUGGGAGGGGGGUGUUGACAGCCCUGUGUUGAGGGUCAAGGUAUAGAACAAUUUUCUCUGUUUUUCAGAUAUAUUUUGUAUUUUUUCAAUCUUAAAUUCGUUUUUAUUCAAACAGGCUAUCAUUGGUUUGAGACAAGGGUGAGGAUGAAAUUGAUGGGACUGUCAGGCCCAGAUAAAGUUCAGCCGCUAAGUGAACAAGUGGCAGUUGAUGUUGGUGCAGAGCUGCUUGGAGAAUCACUGAUAUUUGGAAUUGCCACAUUGACAUUAUAUUUUGAAUACCGUAGAGGACAGAAGAAGGAAGCAAAGAAAGAGGAAGAGCAAAAUAGAAAAUUGACUGAUCUCCAGAACCAAAUCAAGGAGUUAGAACUAACAGUUGAUACAAAUGCAGCCCAAAUUCGUGAGCUCACAAGACUUGUUCAUAGUAAACAAAGUUAGGAAAUAAUAUCUAAACUCAAAGAUAAAAUUAUUGAACUUGUGACAUUUUUAUACCAUUGCAUUUAACUAGUUAAACUGUAUGCAUAAAGCAUUUGAAUUCUUGGUUAAAUCAAAGGAUGAAUACCAUUAGAAACUUAGUUGCAGGAAGAUAUGUUUACUCAGCAUUAAGUAAGCACAAUGGAGCUAGUUUCACUUUCUUUUUGACCCCAUUUUCAGUUCAUUUUGCUUCAAUAACUCAAAACAUUGGCUAACUGAAAAUGUGUUUACUCCAGUCCACGCAGGAAUAAAGGCUCUGGCUAUACUUGCCACAAGUCGACCUCACGAGUUUCUAAGUGAUUGGAGCGAGCUGUUUAGGCCGCGAAGCGGCUGAGCGAGCGACGAAGUCGCCAGAAGUCUAGGCCCUGGCGGAGUACCUCCACUACAAUUUUUCGAAAUUCCCCUCGAGAACAACUUAACGGCUUAUUAGACCCCAAGUCUCAUUCAAAGAGCAGCCAUCGUGGUACUCAGUUCCAAAGCGAUCUUGGAGUAGAUAAGACUCUACAAUGUUUAAAACAACGAGAUGGAAUAGAAACGCAAACUGGUAACUAUUCUCACUUUAACGGAGGCCUACAGCAUUAAAGUGAAAAAAAUAUGGGAAGGAAACGUUGCCAAACACAAAGCGACUGCAGUUAAUUUCCCAGGGUUUGUACAAUGUGAUCACCGUGGGAAAUGUUGGAAAUCGUUUUAUUUGUUGUAGCCUGCGUAAGGUACGCAUUUCCGUUUGUUUUCAAAGCAAAGGGGGAGCGGGACUUCCGGUUUUGGCCGCGCGAGAAAUGGAACGAGAUCCACCCAUCCCCGCACUUUUACUUUCGCCAUUUUCACGCGGCCUUUGACUCUCGUUCCUCGUUCUCUGCUCCGAAAUCGCACGGAAACGUUUGCUAGGCAGGCUUACGCAGGCUAUGUUUGCUGUACCUGAUACACGGAGGCAGGGGUAUAAUAGCUAAAAGUGUUGUUUAGAUCCUGUAACUAACAAUAACGAA